CAUAUAUCUGCAUCUCUGUCGCUCAGGCUCCCCCCUCCACACACACACACCUCUCUCCAUCCCCCUCUCUCUCUCUCUCGUUCCCUCGAUCAAAACUUGGCAAUGGUCGCUAAAGGGAAUGAAUACUCACAUCACACGAGUUUACUCUUACAAUAACCAUCGCUUUUGUUUCCAAUUCUGGCAGGGAGCCCUGCUUCACGGUGCCUCGUCAUCCGUUCGUUUCCUGCACGGCCCGUCCCCCGCGACCUUCGUAUCUAUGUUCCGCUCACUCGAUCUCUGGCUCAGUACUAACUUUAGCUGUAUUUGGACUGCAACGUGCAUAUCGACAUCACGAUGAUGGUUCAGCGAAGCGCUAUUGUGAGUCUAGGCUUUGUCAUCGAACUGGGGAUCUUUUAUGUUUGCUGUAUUUCUGGAAUGGUGUGGGCGAAUGCCUCAGGGGACGUUCGUUUGGUUGGAGGAAGCAAACCGAACGAAGGACGGAUUGAAAUCCACAACGAUGGUGUUUGGGGGACCUACUGUGGCGACUCUUUCGAUGUUCAGAUUGGCAUGGUGAUAUGCAGACAAGCCGGGUAUCCGGGAGCUGCCAUGAGGUUUCAGACCAGUGAUGAAUUUGGACCCGGUACGGGACCGGUUUAUUACAACGGUUACAUGUCCUGCGUUGGAGAAGAAAGUAGUCUUGCACAAUGUCACUUCACGAACUACAAGUACACUACAUGUACUCAUGCUAAAGACGCUGGGGUGAUAUGUAAAGAGCCUGGCUACCUCGGCUGCUAUCCCGCUGAUGGAUCCAAGUUCCAGCCCAUCCUCUCCCUCACAUCAUCCGCGGGCAGUGACAGUGUGGACGAUUGCCUGACUCUCUGCCGGUCCGAUAACAUGUCAUACGCUGCUAUGUCGGGUAGGAACUGUCACUGCAGCAGCCAGCUACCAAGCAACAUCAGCUCUAGUAAAGUGACAGACGAUGAAUGCAGCACCGCAUGCUCGGGGAAUUCCCGCCAAAUUUGCGGAGGUCCCAAACACUACUCGGUUUUCAGCACAACCGAUGGAUUUUGUGACCAGCUUUCCCCUCCAGUGAACGGCACACUUGAUACAACAUUCACACGUUUCGGCACCACCGUCACUUUUGGCUGCUUCCCAGGGUUCGAGUUAGAAGGCGCGAAGAAGACGCAGUGUGUCAAAAGUGAGACGCACACCAGCGGAUUCAAGUGGAACAGUGUUCCUCCGAUAUGCACAGAAACUACUCCUGUGCCACCGGCCCCGUCGUCAGGCAGCAACGCAGGUAUCAUUGUUGGAAUCAUCAGUGGAAUUAUACUGGUUGCCAUAGUGAUGACCUUGUUAUUUAUCUACUGUAGACAAAGGAGGUCGAAGUACGAACGCAAGCCGCUCCAUGUUCGGUCAUCCUGGAGCCCGCUCCACCUCCGAUCCUCCUGGACUCCAACCCACCUACAGAAGGAGGCGAUGAAUGCUGAACCACACAUGUAUGAGACGACUAGCCAAGGAGGAGCUAGUCUUCACUCCACUCCCAUGCACCGCGCCCGAACUCCUGGGAGCACCUCCGAGCACGAGUACGCUAGCUACCACGAGUUCCAGAAUGAUCUCCUUGUGGAGGAUACAGCUCUCCUGCACUCACCAAUCGACAAGGUGCCCAACGGUCGUCUAGCGCUAAAGGAUGACGACGAUUGUGGCAGUAACAGGAACAGCUCCAUCAUGGUGGUCAAUGAGCUCUACAACCCGCAACAGAACCCUGAUCGUAACAUCUACGAGAUCACCGAGGACGACUUUCGACGCUUACGCGAGUCGCAGCUGCUUGAUAACAGAGAACAGCCCGCGUUGCCUAGGAGAACCUCACGUGAUGCGAUGAUCAAACCGGAAGAACAUAUCUAUGAACCGGAACCACUUAGUGAGUUGUCGUUCGCAAUCGACAAGGAACAUGUGUAUAGCUCAGCAGACUACGCAUACGCGGACGUUGACCCUAGGGAUAGUGGGCUGGGGACUCUGAAUAUGAGCAUGCGAUUGCAGGGCUCUCUUCCGUGUUUUCAUGAGACAAUGGUGGAGAAUGAGCUUUAUGUUUCAUCGGAUAAUGUAGAUGAACAACCGACCGCAGAAGAACCUGACAGCACUGUCAUGGUUGAGAAUAUUCUUUACCAGCCACAGACCUAGCCACAAUGAUAUACUAUGUAUCAUCAUUACAUUUGAAGAAACAAUAUCAGGACCUGAUAGAUCAUCUACCGAUUUUUAUUGUGCCAAGGUUCUGUCUCAUAAUUAUGCAUAGUGCCAUAAACAUACAUGAAUCCAUGUUUGAAAAAAUACGAUGUAAUAAACGGCUGAUAGCUGAAGCUGAUAGCAUGACAUCGAUAUUUUGCAUCUCUAACCAAAAGAGGUUUUUGAAAGAAGAAGACAGGAACUGUAUAGUUAUUAACGCGUGAAUGAGGGCGCUCUUGAUUUUCUACUAUCAGAGCCAUGUAUACAGAAAGUUUGGCAAACUUGAUUUCACUUUGUCAUAACUUGUCCAACAAAGCAGUAUUGUGCCCAACUCGAACUGAGUUUAAUAGCCAAACUCGCCUUUUCAACAUGACCAAUGGCUUUGUCUACUGUUUAGAGCCUGUUCAGUUUCUUGACUUGUUGAUGACUACUGGAGACCUAUUAUGUUGAGCGUCACAGAACAUUUUUGCUGAAAGUAGUGCUCAAUUAAUUUGUAACGUCAAAUGGCGUGAUAACCAUUUUGGGGGCGUCAGAUAGUUUUGUAAAAAUGUAGACAGUCGGGAUUGAUAUCGAUUUUUACGAUCCUUACGGUGUCUCAGAGUUUAUCAAAGCUAUAUGAAGUGCCUUAUUUCUUUCUUUUGUGUAUAGGUUUUCAUUGUUUGUUGUCAUAUAAACAUUCCCAAAACGCUAUUUGUUACGUUGGUGCAAAUGUAUGCUCAAUGAUGUUAUUAUUAUCUGUGGGGGAAGAAGACAAAAUGACACUUCGAUAUGUUUUAGAGGGAACAAAGUCAUUUUUAGUCAAAUGCAAAUACAAUAUUUAUACACAUAUGAAAUUAUUGAGUUGAAAUUGAGAUUGAUUGAACAAAUAUACUCCAUUAUUCUCUUGAUUUUUAUCCCACAACUUUUGAUAUAAAUCAAGAGCGGUUUAAAAAUAAUAGUAAUUUAUAGCUUGUAAUUAUGGCGACUGUAGGUAUUCAUUUGUCGACAGGAUGUAGAUUUAAGUAAACUAGCUUGAAAAAAACAAACGAAAAGGUAUAUAUUGUUCUCGAUUAUAAUCUGGCGCAGUCUGGUCUUUCAUUCCUUAAAUGUACAUAUACAUUAUCUAUGACCUCGUUGUCGAUGCUCAUUUUCCUUUUGAAAAUUGUAUCUUGAAUGUAAAUAUUUUUUGAUGCAUAAAAACAUAACAAUGUAUUUAUAUCUUUUUAUACCCAUUACUAACGCAAUAGCACUAUUGUAAAUAUUUUUAUAUACCGUCCUGGUUUUGCGCUGUUAUUCAAAAUGCCUUAUUAUUUUUUUCCAUUGGAGUAAACCAUCUACAGAUACAAAAUGAUGUAAGAACUAAAGAACCUAUCAAAAAUAUUCAAUCUAUAAUAUUUUGCCAUAAAUCAAACUUAAAUUAACAUUUUUUUAAUCAAGAUAGGCAUGUUGAUGAUGUUUAAAAUGCGUUUAUGUAAAAUAUGGCUUACAUAAUUUUUUUGGAAUAAUGGAAAGUUUAUAAUUUAACGUUUUCUUUAGUUUUGUCAGAUGGUGUUGAAAAAGGUUCAUUUUCCCGCAAUUUUCUCGAGUACUUUAAGGUGUCUUCCAUUAUUUCACGUAAUGUUUGAGUAAGACUGCUUGUUGUAACCACAAACAUAUAUACAUUGUACAAUCUCGGUUCGGUCCUCCUCUUACUCUGUCGCUGUUGUGUAUUUGAUUACAAAAAAACGUAUUGCAUAUAUUUUCAUAAUAAUAAAGAAAAAUUAAAAACGGAAA